AUGGAGCUCGAGGCCAUGAGCAGAUACACCAGCCCAGUGAACCUUGCCGUCUUCCCCCAUCUGACCACGGUGCUAUUGGCAAUUGGCACGUUCUUUACCGCCUGGUUCUUCAUUUAUGAGGUCACCUCCACCAAGGACACUCAGAAUAUCUACAAAGAGCUCCUCAUCUCCUUGGUGGCCUCACUCUUCAUGGGUUUUGGAGUCCUCUUCCUGCUGCUCUGGGUUGGCAUCUACGUAUGA